CGACAUUGCAAAUGCGCCUGUCGGACAGCGUGGCGGUUUUGGUAUGGCUUUCUUCGACCUGCCUGGUCGUCGCCUUUCACUGCGUCGCCUAGUGAGCAUGUCCUUCCAAGCGGCUCGCGCACUCCGUCUUGACUAUUGACAAUUCGCAUUUGGCUAUCUGUCGCUGCUCACUCAGUUACCCUCAGAUGAAGUAUCUCCAAAAUGCGUUCCUCUUCUGAUACAGAUUCAUCAAGGGGAACAAUGGAUGUAUCACACCCGGCAAGUGGGAUCAACAGACAUCACCCAAGGUCAUUGUUCUCUAUCACUCUCUGCUAUCCCAUAAGCCGCAGAAGCAGGUCUGCCAUUCAAAGGCUUACCACUCCUUCGCCGGCAUGCGAGGAGAGCAUCCACUAUCCAGUGUUCAAUCCGCGCGACCCGCGUCACAACCCUGACGUUGCGCCCUGUCGGUGGCUGGACGAUGAUUAUGACUCGUCCCAGGGAGCAGCUUCGCCAAGGUCAAUUCGAUGGAUGCAGGAUCUUCCUAGAAGAUCUCUUCGAAGAGCUCAUAAAGGUUUACUUGCGCUAAGGUCGGGAAUACGCCGGCGACCCAUUGGCCCCCAACCUGUUGAAUUGGAUGAGUUUCCUAGCAAUUGGUCGGCGGACUCAGCGAGAGACUCCUUGGACCAACAGGCGCUGUUCUACUCAUCAACGGUGUCUGAGGCUAGUACUGCAGAGGAUAUCAACUUUGGAGCCGACCUGCAACGUAUCAGCUGCAAAUACCCUUCCGAACCGAAUGCCGACAUUAGCAAGUAUUUGCAGACCCUACCGCUUCCUUUCGCUUUUGAAGAAGAGACUUGCUCCCCAAAUGGCUUCACUGUACGUCACAGCCGCUCCGAGGCGGUCCUCGCUGCCUUCACACCCGAGACUCACCCAACAAAAGCGCCGAAUGGACUUCCCGUGAUGCUGCAAAGAGAAGCAUUUCAGGGAAAUCAUCAUCCAGCAGAAGUGCUAAAUGAGUUGGAUCAGGCCCCAGCGAGUCAUGGACCACGCACGGUCGCCGCUACCGCGUCAUUUCGACCCAAUAAUCCUAAUGAACUCAAACCAAGCGACAGCCUUGUGGAACUUAAGGACCAGGGUCUUGCUUCAGUGGAAUCUCCUUCGAUGAACAGCGCUCUUGGCUCGAAUCAGAAUUUGCAGCCUGUUACUCGUACGUACCCGGAAAUGUGCACUGCCUCAAGCUCCGCUCCCAGCAACUCGCGCAAGUCGAAAGCGCUUCGGAUGUCGAUCAAUCAGAUUAGCAAUUACAAGCCAGCCAUGACUCGCGCGAGCAAGGCCAAUCGCGUGUCUGAAACACCUCAGAUCAUAGACACCGAGUUGGCCAUGGAAUCUUUGAAGUUGUGUGACCGAUUGGAACGCAGCGACAGCCAAGCCUCAGAUAUGGAUCGACAGGGGUCCCAGAGCGAAUCGCCGUUCCAUAGCUUCAACCAAUCCGAAAAAGCACCCAUUGUGGCUAAUAAGCCUUGCGAGAACGAGAUCGAUUCUCAGAGAUCGUCACCCUCUGGAAAUCAAGUGUCGCGAUCUAUCGUGGCGGUUAGCCGCUCGGCGGAUCCUGACAAGGCGACACACGUAGUAGAUCAUGAGGCUGUUACCGCCAGCACCGCCGACGAGGCUGAAGAAACCAGACUCAUCCCCUUUGUAGAAGAUGACACGGCGGGACUCACUCAAAAUGAAGAGCGGUUUGCGCCUGAGAUGAGUCAGAUAUUAGAUGAUCAAUGGUGCACCGUUGAAACCGACGACUUGGCGUCACUUCUUGCUCUUAGAGAUGAGUACUUCCUUGUUGAUAAGUCAACUGAUGUCCGCCCCGACCGGGGUAACAAUGCGAUCAAGUCAGAGCGAAGCUUCACUGGUGAUGGAUGUUUAUAUAGUGGGCCUGGACUUGAUCGCCAUUCGUCAACUAGAACUCAAGGCAUUCCCGAAAUCGUGGGCCCGAGUUCAGCUAUACAAGUUCAGGUUCCGCGCGCAUCUCGCGCCGAGCGCGAGGCCAGUGACUCCACUGACGAGUAUAACUCUGACUAUCCUGCGAGGUUUUACUUCCAAUCAAGAUAACCUUACUCCGGUGUCAGCUCUACAUUGGUGGAUGAGAAGAUUUGACUAUAUUCUUACGUGCAUCCAUGAGACGCAUGGCCUCUCAUGACCUAGGAAGCGAAUCUUCCAAUACGGUCCUUGCCACCUGCCC